AUGGAUAGUAAUAAAAGAAAAAAAGAUGAUAUUACAAACAAUAACACAAAUAAUAAUACCAAUAUUUUAAAAAAAUAUAAAAGUACUGAUAGUUCAGACUUUGAUGAUAUAAAUACAUCAUCGAAUACACCAGGUUUGGUUUUUUCAUUGAAUAAGGAUACUAAUAGCGGUGAAACUGCAUUCUGGAAGAUAUUUAGAAAUAAGGUAUUAUUCAAAUUAAUAUUUUCAAAUUUUAUAUUCAAAGAAUUAUUCAGUUAUGAUGAUUUAAUAGGUGCAAAAUAUAUUCUCAGCAGGUUUAGUAAUGGUGAAGCAAUUAUUAGGGAUAAGAUAAAAAGUAGAAACUAUGUACUGAAAGACUAUGAUGAUGUAGUUAAAAUUAUAGUUUCAAUUAAAAAAGAUACCAAAGAGAAUAGAGAAUUCUAUAGGCAAUUGUUUUCAAUAUUUCCUUACUAUGAAAGAGAUAGCACAGGUGAUUCUAGAAAUUUCAGUAACUAUCCAUUUUGGAUACAAUUAAUUAUCAACAUAAACAAUAAUCCUGCACUCAUUGAAUACACUGAACGAUUUCAAAUAGAUAAAAGAAAUAUUUCAUCACUAAUGGAUAUAAGGGUGGAUGGUCUCGAGAAAUUGAAUGAUAAACUCAAGACGAAGCUUUUUUUAAAAUCAGGUGGUACCUCGAAUAUUGGCGAUCUUUCAAUAGAUGAGGUCAUUAGGUAUUUUAAAUAUUCAGAAAAAUUCAAAGCCCUAAUCAAAAUUUACAAGUAUGUCAUCGCUCAAAAUCACACAACAAAAAAAAAGCACAGCAAUAUAAUACAACAACUAAAUCACCAACUUGAAUCAAAUAACUUUAAUAAAAUACAAUUAAAAUCAACUAUUAACUCAAUAUCAUUAUCAAAUGAUCAAUAUUUAAAACCAAUAAUCCACAACAUACUUAAAGUACUAUAUUCAGUUUAUAAAAUAAACUUCAAUGAUCCAAUCCUAAUAAAACCAAUUAAAUACUAUAUAUACUUUAAAGAAAAGUCAAGAUUCGAACUCGUUUUUUCUACGAAAAGAAAAUUAAAAAAGUCAAAAUACUAUCACAAGCUACUCACAGUUAUAAAUAGUGACCAUUGUAUUGAAUAUCAAAAAAACCUAAUUAAAAAGAUAUCAGAAAAAAAAAGAGCUUGGCAAGUGGAAGACAAGAUCUGUUUUGAACAGGCCAUUAUUUCAACCAAUAAUUUAGAACUAAUUGAUCAUAUGUACAAACAUUUCAAAAAAAUAUUUUCUUUUAUUGGUGACAUUAUGCUAUUAAUCACAAAAACCGAAGUACUAGACUACUUUUUCAAUAACCAUCAAAAAUUAAUGUUUUAUGACAAUAAUCCCCUUUGGAAGUACGUUAACAAACAAAUUUUGUGCCAUUUCGAACAAUUAAUGAAGAGUAUUUCAAGAAAGUUUUCUAUUCCUAUAAGAUUGGAAUACUCUGAUUCCAAUGAAAAUAAAGAAACUUUAGAAAAAUUCAAAAGAGCACUCAACAAUCCAACACUUUAUAUAUUUGAAAGCAAUGAAUAUUAUCCCCCAAACUCUAUUAAUAGAUAUGCUAGAUAUUUAAAUACUAGUUUGUUAGAAAAUAAUCAGGAUUUCGCAAUUUCGAUCUUAAAAGAACAUAUAGAAGUAAAUGGUAGUUCAGAAUGCAUCGAUAUAAUACCAAUUUUAGACCAACUAAAAUUAAAAAACACCUACAAAUUUCUAUACUGGAUUUUUCAAGAUGUUUCAGACCAAUAUAUCCAAUCAAAUAUAUCACAACAAAAUUUUACAAUUAAAACAGGAAUUAAUAAAACAAAUAAUCAAAAAUAUGAAAUUAAAAUCGAAAGGUUUAGUGUUUGGGGUGAAGAGCGGCCACAAUAUAUCAGCAGAAAUUUUGAAUUUUUAUACCUAUUGUACCAAGGAAAUCGUUUAAAUGCCGUAUUCCCGCUAUUAAAUUCAGAUUUAGAUCUAAAAGAAGAUAUAUUUAAAAUAAUGGAAAUGGGAAUUAGAACCCACCUCUUUUUAAAUUUUAUUGACCAUUUAUCAAACUCAGAUUUCGAAAAUAGAAAUUUUGACGGACCAUUAAUAGCAUCAGCAACUCAAGGUUUAAUUCCUAUUUUCAAAAUUAUUGCCGAAUCUAAAAAUGAACAUUUAAAGAAAUCAGUUUUUAAUGAUGAAAAAUUAAAAAUGUUAGAAUCCUAUGCAAAGAAAGCAAAAAGUUUUUUUCCUCUAUUUAAUAAAAUUUCAAAUUAA